CGGGGGAAUUAAGUAGUUGUGUAGAUAAAAGAAAGUGAUAAAGAGGGGAAAAAUGCUGAAAUCUCGAGUCUCCUCCCAUACGGGUUUAGAAGCAGCCGUGUUUGUAAACCCAAAGCCUUUUCUUCUAAGUAAUGCGAAGGCUCUGCUUCCAACACGGUGGGAGUGUGGAGGGCAGAGGAGGAGACAAAACGCCAAAGUCCAUCGCCUCCGCUUGGCCGGGCGGCCUGCCGUUAUCAAAGCCACCUCCGUCGCAAGUUCGACGGAGAAGGCGGUUUCGGUUAAAGCUUUUGUGACUGUAAAACGAAUCCUGGGGACUGGGUUAUAUUUGGAAAGAGGGCUUGAUGAUAUUGCUGAUCUUUUUGGUAAAUCGCUUCUUUUGGAGCUCGUCAGUGCCGAGGUUGAUCCCGUAACGGGAUUGGAGAAGGGAACAAUAAAGAAGUAUGCUCAUAAAGAGGAUUCAGGGCUUAAUGAGAUCAAGUACGAGGCAGAUUUUGAAAUUCCACCAGGCUUUGGUAAAAUUGGAGCCAUUUUCGUUGAGAAUGAGCAUCACAAAGAGAUUUAUCUCAAGGAUAUAGUCAUCGAAGGCCUUCCCACCGGCCCUCUGCACUUCGCCUGCUUUUCUUGGGUUAAUGAGAAGGACCAUCACGAUAGCAAGAGAAUCUUUUUCACCACUACGUCAUACUUGCCAUCCAACACUCCUAAGGGGCUAAAGAAGCUUAGAGAAGAAGAGCUCAAAGCUUUGCAAGGGGAUGGCUCCGGCAAGCGUGAGGUUCACGACAGGAUAUAUGAUUAUGAUGUCUACAAUGAUCUUGGCGAUCCCGACAGAAAUCUCGCCCUCAAAAGACCUGUGCUUGGUGGGAAACAAUUUCCUUAUCCUCGACGUUGUAGAACCGGACGUCCACGAACUAAAAAAGAUCCUUUAUCUGAAUCAAGAAGUUCAGGCAAUUAUGUGCCUCGAGAUGAAGCAUUCUCACCAAUUAAACAAACAACAUUUAGUGUGAGGACAUUGAACUCAUUGCUAAAUGGGCUAAUACCGGCCUUGGAGUCAGUUUCUACAGACUCUAAUAUACGUUUCCCACAUUUCCCUGCAAUAGACAAUCUUUUUGAUAAUGGAGUUCCAUUGCCUAAAUCCCAAGGCGGUUGGAAGCUUGCUACUCUUCUUCCAAGGAUUAUUGACACAGUUGUUGAUAAGGCUGAGGAUAUCCUACGUUUCCAUCCUCCUGAAACAUUUGACAGGGACAAAUUCUUUUGGUUUAGAGAUGAGGAAUUUGCUAGACAGACCCUUGCAGGUCUUAACCCCUACAGUAUAAGGCUUGUUACGGAAUGGCCAUUAAAGAGUAAGCUUGACCCUGCUGUUUAUGGUCCUCCUGAAUCAAAAAUCACCGCUGAAAUAGUGGAGCAACAAAUCAAAGGUUUCAUGACUCUGGAUGAGGCUUUGAAAAACAAGAAGCUAUUUAUAUUAGAUUACCACGAUCUCUUCAUACCAUAUGUAGCCAAAGUUCGAAAACUUAAAGACACCACAUUGUAUGGUUCAAGGACAUUGUUCUUCUUACACAAUGAUAGCACUCUAAGACCGUUGGCUAUUGAGCUCACUAGACCACCCAUUGAUGACAAACCACAAUGGCAAGAAGUUUUCACACCCCUUUGGGCUGCCACUGAAAUCUGGCUUUGGAGGAUUGCCAAAGCUCACGUUUUAGCCCAUGACUCUGGUUAUCACCAACUUGUUAGCCAUUGGCUUAGAACUCAUUGUUGUGUAGAACCUUACAUCAUUGCAUCAAACAGACAACUAAGUGCAAUGCAUCCAAUCUAUAGACUUUUGCACCCCCAUUUCCGAUACACCAUGGAAAUCAAUGCACUUGCCCGCCAAGCUCUUAUCAGUGCAGAUGGGAUCAUCGAGAGUUGCUUUUCUCCUGGAAAAUACUCGAUAGAAUUUAGCUCUGUUGCUUACAAAGCACAAUGGCAGUUCAACUUAGAAGCUUUGCCUGCUGACUUAAUUAACAGGGGAAUGGCCGUUGAGGACCCAAAUGCACCACAUGGACUGAAGCUUGCUAUUGAAGAUUACCCUUUUGCUAACGAUGGCCUAAUCCUUUGGGAUGCCAUCAAAGAAUGGGCAACAGAAUAUGUCAAUUUCUAUUAUCCAGAUCCAAGUCUUGUGAAGUCAGACGAGGAACUUCAAGCAUGGUGGACAGAGAUUCGAACAGAAGGGCAUGCUGAUAAGAAGGAUGAACCAUGGUGGCCAGUUCUCAACACUCCUGAAGACCUUAUCAAUAUUGUCACCACCAUCAUGUGGGUAACUUCCGGUCAUCACGCAGCAGUGAACUUUGGCCAAUACUCUUUUGCUGGAUAUUUUCCCAAUCGGCCCAGUAUUGCUAGAAUCAAUGUUCCCGUCGAAGAUGUUAAUGAAGAGAAGUGGAAGUACUUUAUUGAUAAGCCAGAGAAUGUCCUUUUAGAUACCUUUCCUACACAGCUUCAAGCGACGAAAGUCACGGCGGUUUUGAACAUAUUGUCGAGUCAUUCUCCAGAUGAAGAGUAUUUGGGAAAAGAUAUUGAACCAGCAUGGGCUGAUGAGCCUUUUAUAAGGGGAGCAUUUGAGAGGUUCAGUGGAAAAUUGAAGGAACUAGAAGGGAUCAUUGAUGAAAGAAAUGCUAACAAAAAUCUAAAGAACAGAUAUGGAGCUGGGAUUGCGCCUUAUGAACUUUUGAAGCCUGAAUCAGGGCCUGGGCCGACAGGACAAGGUGUUCCUUACAGCAUUUCUAUUUAGAACCCAUGGCAAAUUGUUUUGAUGUGGGAUCAAUAACAAUCUCACUUAUGCUUUAAAUAAAGAGAUCAUCCUAAGGAAAAAGUUGGAAGGAUGUUGAAUGUGUUCAAACCACUUGAAAGAUUAAGGAUAACAUUCUUAGCAAUUUGUAAGAUCUUAAAUAUCCCCAUAUUAUAAACGGUUAAUUGAAGAUAUAAA